UUUUUAUUUGUCAAGAGUACUGUCAUCCAACAAACCGCCUGACAGUGACGCAACUAAAAAUUUUCCCGUAAACAGGCCAUCAACCCAUCCGAUUAUUGGUCCGUAAAAUAAUCCAUCAACACACUACAUACAUAAAAUUACAAUAUGACCACCCACUACAUAACCGCAAGUGAAGUAAAAAAACACAACACCAGGCGAAGCGUAUGGUUGGUUAUACGCAAUGAAGUUUACGAUGUCACGGCUUUUCUCAAUGAGCAUCCCGGGGGUGAAGAUCCUUUACUUGACGCAGCAGGCCUAGAUGCCACCAUUGCAUUUGAUGAUGUUGGACACAGUGAAGAUGCAGUAACUAUGCUGAAGAAAUAUAAAAUUGGAACAUUAGCCCCUGGUGAAACCUGUUCUAAAAUGAAACCAAAAAUAUGGAAAUCAAGAUCAAUAUACCAUCGCGACUGCACCGAAUGUGAUGCAAGCAGUUGUCCAAGCGCUCAGAUAGCGGAAAUAAUCGAUGAGAAGCCGUGGCGAACGUUCGAUGGCUCGCCUUCCAGCCAAAGGUUGCCAAUGAAAACAGAUUAUAAACCUCCUUCCUCGCCACGGGUAGUAAGAAGAGUGCAAUCUAUAGUCGUCCCCCGAGAAAGGCCUCGCGGUUAUCCGUGCUCUGAUCCAAGUUCCCGACUGAAAUGGGCAUUGCUGGCUUUGGCGGGCGCAAUAGUAAUUGGUCUAGCGUACAAAAAAUACGCCGCUGGGUUAGCUAGUUAAAUACAAAAUAUAGUAGGGGUCCAACAACACUGGUUUGACCAGUCAAGGCGUAGUGUAAGCCUAACUUUAAUAAAAACUCAUUUUAUGACGUUUAGAGGUGCAAAUGAACGUCGCGUGGGUACGGUACGACGCAAUACGCCUAUUUACUGUAGUCGGCCGACCGACCACGCGCCGUGGAUACUCCGCCGUAUUUUGUCGUGAGAAAGAGAUAGAGCUACACAGACGGCUCUACCUUUAUCUCACAUAGUCAUCUUGAAACGUCAUAAUACGAACCCAGGCAAUAUUCUAACUGGCCACUGAGGUUUAUACGAUUUAGUUUUCUCACUAACUACACUACCCUCACAUUAGUAAGAAGUACACAAAAUGUCUGCCGCCUUAUACUCGAAAUAUUUUUAACCGCGUCUUAUUUUGUAGCAUUUAUACUUCAGUGGUCAAUUUUAAGAGUAACCAAACACCAGUGAAAUACAGGUUUAUCAAGUCUGUAUAAAUGAAACAAUCCAAUAUUCCUAAUCUAUUUAUUUAUAACAUAACUUAAUUUGUUGUAUGUUUAUAUUACGAAUCCAGUAAAUAUUGAAUCAAUACAAA